AGCCCUGAGCGUGGCCCGGGGUUUUGUGUAGUGGCGGCUGCAAGGGGUUGAGCGUUAUGUCCCGUGCCGGGGGCGAUGCGCGUGGGGAGGAGCGGGAGGAUGGCACUGCUGCUGCCGGCUCGUUCAGCUUCAGCCCGGAGCCCACGCUCGAGGACAUCCGACGCUUACAUGCAGAGUUUGCUGCUGAGCGGGACUGGAACCAAUUCCACCAACCUCGGAACCUCCUCCUGGCCUUGGUGGGAGAAGUGGGAGAGCUGGCAGAACUCUUUCAGUGGAAGUCUGAUGCAGAGCCUGGCCCUCAUGCCUGGCCCCCGAAGGAACGAGCAGCCCUUCAAGAAGAGCUUAGUGAUGUCCUCAUCUAUCUGGUAGCAUUAGCAGCCCGCUGCCAUGUCGAUCUUCCCCAAGCAGUUCUCUCCAAAAUGGACACCAACCGGCGACGGUACCCAGUUCACUUGUCCCGUGGCUCUGCCUGCAAGUAUACAGACUUGCCCCAUGGAGCCAUCUCUGAAGACCAAAAUGUGAGGCCUGCAGAUGAACCCUCAACCUAGAAAUACAGGACUGGGACCUACAUCUCAACAUGGAACCAUCUCCCCCUUUCCUAACAACGGGCCUGAGAGCUCUAUUUCCAGAUGUCUGAGGCCCAGAACCUCUGCAGCUGCCUCCCAAGUGUUUUCUCUCCCAAUAAACGGUUUUGU